AUGGCUGAUUCAGACAAUAAAGGUCAUCCUGGCUGGACCAUUGGUUUAGUACACGGUGCUUGGAAAGAGAGCCAGUGGAUGAUGCCUAACCUGGUUCUCAUUAACGCAGGACUGAAUGACUGUAACCCCGGAGACGAUCCCAGCAAAGCAGGCGAGCGUACAAAAGCCUUGGUAGAUGACAUCUUCGACAACGUGCCCGGCGUGACAGUCAUUCUAUGCACACUCCUCAGAAACGGAGAUGCGGACCGGGAUGCGUGUAGCAAAGACAUCAGCAGGCAAAUCAGAAGUGUCGCAAAAGGAUACAAGAAAGGAACCCGCAUUGGACUUGCCGAUGUUGGCGAUGUCAUUAAGAUGAGCGACAUUGUGCCAGACAAGGACCAUCCUACUGAUGAAGGCUACAAGUUCUUCGCUAGAGUCUGGUGGGACGCUAUCAGCCAGAUAGAGGACCGCAUUCAGCCGCCUGCAGCAGUCAGCGGUUUGAAGAUUCAGCCACUGGCCAGUCUAAGCAGCGCAAAAAGGUUGCUGGAAACUCAGGCCUGCUGGGCCAAACUCAGCUCGGGAGUGGUCACGAUGAUGGCAACUAUGUCCAUACGAGCACUUCACGGGGGUACCCUUGAGAGCGCCGUUAUCGACAAGGGCAGUGACCCCAAAUCCAUCACUAAUAACAUCCCUUGGCAUAUCUUCGUUGCGAAUAUUGUGAAAGGCGAUCCCAAUGCCCCUCGGACAGAUUCCCUCGAUGACUGGAUCCGUGUCUACCACAACACCAAGGACAGGGAUGCAUACUGGUUCCGACAGAACAUGGGAGGCGGCAAGUUUGACAAGUCGGUUCAAUUCUAUGUUGAUAUGAACUGUAAUCUUGGCCCUCGCUACGCAUUCGCUAAUCUUAACAAGGAUGGCCUUGACGACUUCUUUUGCAUCAAAGAGAAUUCAGUAUGGGAUUCUCUCAAUCGUGGUGGAAGCCCUCCGAAGUUUGAAAGCAUUGGUGACGAGAUCGUCGACGUUGAUCUUCCUGAAAAGGGCGCUAACACCGACAAAAUCUGUAAGUGGUCUUUCGAUUCUGAGGACGAGGACAAGGACUUUGAGUCGUGUACCAAGAGCGGUGCGGCCAAAUGGUUCAAGGACUGGCUCUACAAGAACGACGCCGACAAGUGGACCGAUAAGUUCUUCAAAGCUGUUAUCGGUGGCAGUAGCCAGGGCGGCUCUACUAUGAACUGCAAGAACCUUGGAUCGACGACCUGCCAAGGGCCGGGCACUACUCCUUGCUCUUACAUCAAGCAGCUCGCAGGCGGUAUCAAGGAAAUUGUCGACGAGUACGGCGAACCACUUAAAGACGACAGAGCCAUGAUGCUCAAUAUGCUAGUCGGCAUCCUUACCUCGGCCGCUGGUCUUGGGGCCAAGUCAACUAGUGCCGCGGGUACUCUAACAUUCUUCUCGGGUGCUUUUGCCUCAGCCUCGGCCAACAGUGGCGAGUUCCCUACAGGUGUAUCCAAGGAUGAUCUAGCUGAUGACUUGGUAAAUGCCUACGGCACGGUAUUUAACGAGGUUCUCAAUGUUACCACCGGGUACGUCGAGGCCGUGCUUCUAGGUUCUAAAUUUGACAACAUCAAGGGUAGUGCUGAGGAUCGGGUUCAUAAUGUUUUUUCUCAUGGUCAGUGGUUGUCGGAGCCUUACGUGACAGAAGGAAUGAAGACGUAUAUCGAAGGCACACAUAAGAAAUGGGAAAAUGGAAUUUGCAAAGACGAGAGCUCUUAUGAAUGGAAAUGA